CUCGGCGCUGGCGGGGCGGGGCCGCGCUGGAGCGUGCGCAGAGGCGGCGGUAGGGGCCGUCACUGGGCGGCAUGGCGGUGUGCGCUCGCCUCUGCGGCGUGGGCCCGUCGCGCGGAUGCCGGCGCCGCCAGCAGCGACGGGGCCCGGCCGAGACGGCAGCGGCCGACAGCGAGCCGGACACAGACCCCGAGGAGGAGCGCAUCGAGGCGAGCGCGGCGGUGCUGGCCGGGGUAGGGGGCGGCUUGUGCGCGGGCCCCUCGCGGCCGCCCCCGCGCUGCUCGCUGCUGGAGCUGCCACCCGAGCUGCUGGUGGAGAUCUUCGCGUCGCUGCCGGGCACCGACCUACCCAGCUUGGCCCAGGUCUGCACGAAGUUCCGGCGCAUCCUGCACACCGAUACCAUCUGGAGGAGGCGUUGCCGCGAGGAGUAUGGUGUUUGUGAAAACUUGCGGAAGUUGGAGAUCACAGGCGUGUCUUGUCGGGACGUCUACGCGAAGCGUAUAAACCCUCGCGUGAAGUCGGGACGUUUUGUGAAAAUUCUCCCUGAUUAUGAGCACAUGGCGUACAGAGACGUUUACACCUGCCUGCUUCACCGAUACAGACACAUUCUGGGAUUGUGGCAGCCAGAUAUCGGGCCAUACGGAGGACUGCUGAACGUGGUGGUGGAUGGUUUGUUCAUCAUUGGGUGGAUGUACCUGCCUCCCCAUGACCCCCACGUCGAUGACCCCAUGAGAUUCAAGCCUCUGUUCAGGAUCCACCUGAUGGAGAGGAAGGCCGCCACAGUGGAGUGCAUGUACGGCCACAAAGGGCCCCACCACGGCCACAUCCAGAUUGUGAAGAAGGAUGAGUUCUCCACCAAGUGCAACCAGACGGACCACCACAGGAUGUCCGGCGGGAGGCAGGAGGAGUUUCGGACGUGGCUGAGGGAGGAAUGGGGGCGCACGCUGGAGGACAUCUUCCACGAGCACAUGCAGGAGCUCAUCCUGAUGAAGUUCAUCUACACCAGUCAGUACGACAACUGCCUGACCUACCGCCGCAUCUACCUGCCGCCCAGCCGCCCCGACGACCUCAUCAAGCCUGGCCUCUUCAAAGGUACCUAUGGCAGCCACGGCCUGGAGAUCGUGAUGCUCAGCUUCCAUGGCCGGCGUGCCAGGGGCACCAAGAUCACGGGCGACCCCAACAUCCCUGCCGGGCAGCAGACGGUGGAGAUCGACCUGAGGCACCGGAUCCAGCUGCCCGACCUCGAGAACCAGCGCAACUUCAACGAGCUCUCCCGCCUUGUCCUGGAGGUGCGCGAGCGGGUGCGCCAGGAGCAGCAGGAAGGCGGGCACGAGGCGGGCGAGGGUCACGGCCAGCAGGGACCCCGGGAGUCCCAGCCAAGCCCUGCCCAGCCCAGGGUGGAGGCGCCCAGCAGGGGCCCAGACGGGACACCUGGUGAGGACAGUGGCAAGCCCGGGGAUGCCUCGGCCGCAGCUGAGCCGCCUGCCCAGUGUGGGCAGGGGCAGCCAUUUGUGCUGCCCGUGGGCGUGAGCUCCAGGAAUGAGGACUACCCCCGAACCUGCAGGAUGUGUUUUUAUGGCACAGGCCUCAUCGCGGGCCACGGCUUCACCAGCCCUGAACGCACCCCUGGGGUUUUCAUCCUCUUCGAUGAGGACCGCUUCGGGUUUGUCUGGCUGGAGCUGAAAUCCUUCAGCCUGUACAGCCGGGUCCAGGCCACCUUCCGGAACGCAGAUGCGCCGUCCCCACAGGCCUUCGAUGAGAUGCUCAAGAACAUUCAGUCCCUCACUUCCUGACUGGCCACGUCCUUGCGGCCACAUCCUGGGCGGCUCUGGGGCUCUGGACUCUGACCUGUGAAUAGAAGCAGCAUGCACUUUGGAAAUCCGGCCUUUUGACCAGAACGCACACCUCGUCGGGGGUCCCAGCCCAGCCACCCCCCAGCACUUUAUGUAGAGAGUGUGACAUAGACCUGCAUAUUUGUCAGUGCCAUGAUGGAAGAAGCUGAGCAUGUCUUACCAAAAAAAGAACGAGCCGGAAUGCAGCGGAUCUAGGGGGACAGCCGCGGGGCCGUGUGAGAAUUGAAGCGGUGGGGUUGCCGCACCCUGGGCUGGCUGGCGGUUUUCUCAGGAAACAGGACCCUCCUCUGGCGCUCUUUUCCCAUGAGCGGAUAGAAUGAUAGACUGGGUCGUGUGUGAGAUGCAUGUGUUGCACCCCACCCCGUUGGGGGAAGCCGGGCAGCAGUGGCCUCUGGGAGGGAGUCAGGAAGAGGCAGACAGCUCAGGCAGCGCAGGUGUGAUGGGCACAGCGUGCGGAGAGCAAGCUCGGGACGUUGAUAGGAUCUCAGGCUUGGGGCCGGGACUCUGGAGUGAAUCCCCAUUUCUCUACCGGCUCACUUGGAGUUUGGACAGAAGCAUUUCACCUCUGAUCUCAGCUUCCCCACCUGUGGAGUGGGCUUAGUGACCUGAGUCACUAGGGAAUGUCACUGUGAAUGCACGGCCCAGCCCACUCACCUGCCCUGGCCCCUCUUCUCCAGCUUUGGAGCCAAGGCCAUCGUUCCAGCCACUUGACUGUCCUUGACGGCCAGUUCCAGACAGGGCGUUUGUUUGGUCCCUGCCUUCCUCCCUGCACGCACAUGGUGUCAAAACCAAGCUGCUGGCACUUCCUCCAGAACGCAAGGCUCCAGGCCCGUUUGUCUGAAGCACUGCGUGGUCCACACAGGUACCAGGAGUGCCCAUAGGAGGUGACGAGGAAACCCCUUUGCAGGUGAGGGGAUGGCUUUCUAGAAAAGCCACAUCUGCAGCUGGGGACACACUUUGGAAAGCGGGACCCUCCAGCUUGGAGACCCCGUGGACUGACGCCUCCAGGGCUGUGUGCCCCGUGUCGUGUUAACCUGCGUGUGGGGGCCCUGUCUGAGGUCUUGGCUGAGGUUGGCAUCUCCUGAAGAACAGUACGGUGCCUGGAGCUGGCCCUUCCCCCAGCCUGCAGCCAGCUCCGUGCCCGAGUGGGCGUCCCCAGCGAGUCUUCCCUCUCUGCCGCUUGUCCUUGGGUCUGGGCUGCUCCAAGCCCUUGUGCUGGGCACCCUGGACACGUCCUGCUGGUGAGGGUCCCCGGGAAGAUGACAGUCUGUGUGCCUUUGUGUGGAGACCAACCUGAGGAUGUCCUGGGAAACGUUUUCCUGAUGAAUUUCUCCUUGACUGGCCUUUAAAAAAAAAAAAAAAGAAUUCCCAUUGCCCAGCCUCAGUGCAUUUGGCAAAUUCUUACUUCGCAUCCCAGAGUCAGAGAAUUGGCAAAGGCCCCUAAAUGGUAAUCCGGCUGGCCUGGGAGACAGACUCAGGAGAAAAGCCAGUGGAGAAGGUGCCUCUCCAAGGUGGCAGCAGGGCUGCCCACCCAUGAGCCACGCAGACCCCCAGGUGCGCCUGCUGGCUCUCGUGUGUGGCCCCAGUUUCUAGCGGCUUUUGUAGCAUUAGCCUACAAGCUUUGUCAUUCCCUGUCACUGUUUUUCUCUCGUGCCAAAUGAGGUAGUCCCUGAGUGACAGUGACUGUGGGCUUGCAGCCUGGAGGACCCUUGGCAUGUAGACUUGGCAUCAUUGGAGAUUCAUCAUUGUUUAAAUAAAAUCAAGCAAAUGCAUUUUUACCAAGAGCCCGAGGCUGGCUCUAAGAGACCCAGUCCAUCAGAGGCGCACCCUCUGGGGCUUGAAGAGCACACUGCAGGAGACGAGUGCUUCUGAUUAAAGGAAUCUCAGAUCUCACGUGCGCUUCCAGUGUUUGGGUAUAGAAAUGGCUUCCACCCAUGAUGUUUAAGCCAUGGCUGUGGUCAGCUCAUGUGGCUCCUGGUGUGUGUGUUGGGGGGUCUGUCCGUGGUGGUGACCUGCGGUGAUGCCAGGCAGGGCCAGAGCUACACAGCCAGGAAAGGGAGGCCUUUUUGGCCGCACAGCCAGUCCCUCCAGUUGUGACUACAGGCCUUGUUUUUUCCACUCCAACGCGUUCUUAUCCAGUUCUUGGCUCCGGUUCUGUAGGGACAUGCAUAGAAUCUGCGUGUCUCAAAACACAGCAGCUUCCCUUAUGGGGGAAGGCAUCCACCCUCUUGGGAAGCUGCAGGUGAGAACUCAGAAGGGCUGAUAUCAUCGGAGGCCUAAGGGCAGCUGAGAGUUGGAUAAAACCAUUUCCAAGGAGGAGGCUGAGUAAGCCAGUUCAGGACAGCCAAGCGCAUUGGGCUUGAUAGGGGAAGGUGGCAGGUGGAGCUGGGAGGUUGGGGCUGUCCACCGUUUGCACCACGGGUGCCUUUCCCUCGCUGUGCCACUCCUCUGGGGCAGGAUCAGGUCUGCUCUCUGGAGUGGGGCUGCCUGCAGUGCAGCUGUACACGCCUGGACGUGCUUUUUGUCACUCGUUUAGAAAUGAUGUGAUUGAAGAUUUCAAACAGGUCACUGGAAGCUUUUCUGUACCGGCAGUGAAUGUUUGCACGAGGAAGUUGCAAAUGACUUCUAUAGGCUGAGAUUCAAGGUGAGUGGUAUUGGGGUCCCUCAGCCCACCUGGGCCCUGACCUCGGUGUCCGCUGCUGUGUGUGAGUGGCUUUGCGGGCCUGGUGGCGGGAGAACCUCAGGCUCCCUUAUUCCUUGUUCCUGACCAUGCCCUGGGCCCCUUUGGUCCGGCUGCGGCUCUGUGGUGUCCCUGCCCUGACACUGGGCACCUGCAUCCCUAGCAAGCCCACCUGGCACACGAGGGGGCGGGGGCGGCCGUGGCCUUCCUCUAGCCACAUGCCCUGCUGGCCACUCCAUUUCACCUUUGUGCAGAACCGGGUUGGAGCUGGAGGUUUUUCUCUGGGAACCUGCAGUUGUGCUGCAACCGCCUGCGAGGGCCCUCCAGCCACUGGCUCUGGCUUUCCUGACUCCUCAGGGCUUGUUCACCCCCAGGCUUUCUCGCCUACACAUGGUUAGGCCAUUUUCAGUGCUCAUGGGAGUCACGGACAGCAGCAGAACCUCCUCAGCCCCUUGGUUACUUCAGAACGCGCCCACAUGCAUCUUCCAAGCUUGUGUUGUCCUCAUGGCUGUGGGGUCUCAGGUGCGAACAGGAGACACUGAGCUGUGGUCCACCGUCCAAGGCUCUGCAGAAAGCAGUGAGGCUCUUCUAGGAUGUUUCCAUUCUGGUUGCUACCUUCAUGGUGUAACUUUUAAGAACACUUAUGGGAAUGUGCUCAUAGAACCAUCACCUGCCCUGAGAAUAAAACUCCUUGAAUCACGAUCAAGUCCAGUGUUAACGUGACCCAGCCUGUCUUUACUCUGGGAAGAGACCAGGGACAUCAUUUGACUACGCAUCCUCAGAAUUAUUUAGAGAAGAAAGCAGCAGAUAAUUUCCAUUCGGCUAGUACUUUUUUGUUGUUUUUUUGAGACAGGGUCUUGCUCCGUCACCUGGGCUGGAGUGCAGAGGCAUGAUCACCGCUCACUGAGGCCUUGACCUCCUAGGCUCAAGCCAUCUGCCCACAUUAGCCUCCCAAAUAGCUGGGACCACAGGUACCCACCACCACCACACCUGGCUAACUUGUUUUUGUAGAGAUGGGGUUUUGCCAUGUUGCUCAGGCUGGUCUUGAACUCCUGGGCUUAAGUAAUCCACCCGCCUCUGCCUCCCAAAGUGCUGGGAUUAUAGGCGUGAGCCACUGCGCCCAGCCUUGGCCUGCACUUUGAAUGGGAAUGAGACUCUGCAAACCGUGGAAUAACCCGUGUCACCCACAGCUCAGUGGCCUGUAUGCCAGCCCUCCGGGGCUGCUGGCUGGGAGACUAGCCAGAGCACAAGGGGGUCAGAGCCGUGUGGUUUUGGCCUGAUUCUGCAUUUGGUGGUUCCUGGAGGCCAUGUAGCCUGCCUGCAUUAGGAAAGCACUGUGCCAUCCGAUCGUGAGCCCCUCCGCGCCCCCUGGUAAGGUGACCUUGCAGCAGGAGCUGUGCCCUGCCCGGGUAGGCACCCACUGGGUAGGACCGGAGCAAGCCUGGCAGCCGCCACCUGCACCCACGCACUUGUGUUUCUCCUCGCAGUUUUAAGUAAAUCUGUUUUUGAAGGCUU